GACCAUCCAAUAUCAUAACUAAAUCAUACUCCUCUGCUUCUCUCGCUGUGUUUCCUUUCCCACCGUGAAACCGCCCAAAGUUCCAACAAUAACAUCCCGAAACAGAGAACGCUUCUUUGAUUUGGGAGACAUCAAGAACAAAAAUUAGAGUGAUUCCAAAUGGGUACUUGUGCAUCUUCUCAAAACACAGGCCAAGGUGGAAACUUCACUUGGAAAUCAAGUGUGAACAUUAUAGACAUGGAGGGAAAGCUGCAACAACUGAAGGAACCGAAGAAAGCAGGGCAUGUUCUGUCUCAGAACCCAAACUGUUUCGUCUGCAGCUCAGAAUCCAUGUACGUCGGGUCUCCGAUUCCUCGCGUGCGUCCUAGUGAAGAGCUUCAAUUAGGACAUAUUUACUUCAUAUUGCCUCUCUCUAAAUCCAGCACAUCACUUUCGCUUCAGGACUUGUGCGCUCUGGCCAUCAAGGCUAAUGCAGCUCUUGCUCAUUCACGCACGCCUUCUACUGCUAAUUCGACUGCUUCUGCUACCUACUCAAUCUUAAGGAAACCAUUUUUUGUUAAGCAAAAAUGUCUGCUCAGUAACUCAAAUCUUGCACGUGUCUCUCUGAGUGUUUGACGUUAAGUUUAAACGAGUCAUUAAGGGAGGAGAUUGAAGGCCUCAAGAAUAUGCAGAGAACAAGGAAGAAGUAGACAGAGAGAAAACCAAAAUGCUGAGAGAUGACUGCCGCUGGUGAUGUGAGAUCCAACGGCUCUGAUUGCUGGAAUUGAAAGUGCUAAUCAUGUUAUUUGUAGGAUUUCCACUUCAUUAAUUGUUUUUUUUUUGCCUAAAAGGUCAAUUUUAUUAAUUUUCUCUUCAUUAAAUUUGAGUGUCUAUGAAGUUUUGAGUGACCUAUUAGAGAAAGAUCUAGUCAAAAUUUUGAGGAGUUUUGUGAAAAUUUUAAGCUCAGUAAGUUAUUGAACUCUCUACCAGAAAUGGGGCUGACUUGAGUCUGGGUUUUGAGGUUCAAUAUUGGCUGUGAAGUGUGCUUAUGUGAAAUGUCAAUAUGAGAAUCGUCCGUCUUCUAUAUUUUUCACAAAUCAUUGCCAACGAUCUUUGGUAACGGACUGUUGCAACCUUGGAGGUAUAACCUUGCAAUUUCAAUGUAGUCCAAGUGGAUAAUGAUUUCCUCAUUUCAGUAAUUGU